CCUUGACAUCACAUCAAAUUUGCCUGAACGCAAGCGCACACUCAGCUGUCGACGCAGACGAGAAGAGGAGCACUUGUAGGAUCUCAAGGUGUAUCGGGCAUUCGUCUUUAAAAGCAGCGACUCAUUCUGACGCCCUGCUCUGCAUGCAGGAAAAGAGAGAGAGAGAGAGAGAGAGAGAGAGAGAGAGAGAGAGAGAGAGAGAGAGAGAGAGAGAGAGAGAGAGAAGUUUCUUCAGCUCUUGGCGCACGGUCGCCGCUGGUUCAGUUCCCUCCACGGCGGACGCGAUGGCAUGUCUGUCCCGUGUGUGUGCACCGCUGCAUCGGGAUCCCCGCUUUAGACACCACUGAGAGCCGUCAAAGUCCGAGUCUGACUCACCAUGGCUGGAUUUGGCGAGAAGAGGAGCGCCGUCGGCCCACCGGUUGUUGGGUGGAAAGCUGCAUCAGGAAGCGAGCUGAGCCUGGAGACGCACCAAGAAGAGUCGCUGUCAAACGGAAACUGCAGCGUGUCAGAUGCCGCCAAGAGGAUCCAGAGCACCAGCAGCCCCGGGUCCCCGACGUCCGACAACCCGGGGGUAGAUGCGGCCACUAAACCUAUUCCCCGAAGGAGCAGUCUGAUCAAGGAUGGGUCGCGAGCGGGUCGGGAGAGGAAGAAGACGGUGUCUUUCAGCAGCAGCCUGUCGGAGAGGAAGAUCAGCAGUGCUGCCGACUGUAUCCACUCCAUGGUUGAGGGAAGUGAACUGAGGAAGGUGCGCCCCAACUCACGGGUCUACCAGCGCUACUACCUCCUGGAUGCAGGCCUGCAGGCUCUGUGCUGGGAGCCGUCCAAGAAGGAGUCAGAUAAAGCCCGCAUCUCCCUCCCCUCCAUACGAGAGGUGAGGACGGGUCGGAACACAGAAACCUUCCGGACUAGUGGGGUGUAUGAUCAGAUCUCAGAGGACUGUGCAUUCUCCAUCAUCUAUGGAGAGACGUAUGAGAGCUUGGACCUGGUGGCCAACUCUGCUGAAGUGGCUAACAUCUGGGUGACUGGCCUCAGGUAUCUGAUGCAGUAUGGGAAGCAUGCCCUCGACAUCAUCGCCAGCAGUCAGGACAGCCUACGGCUCAGCUGGCUAGAGCAGUUGUUCUCCUCUGCUGUGGAGUCAGACAGAGAGGUGGAUGUGGAGGAGGGAAUUAAUUUGCAGUCGGCCAUCAGGCUGAUACAGAGUGUGAACCCUGGAGUGAGCAGCAGCAAAGUGGAACACAGGUUUAAAGAGCUUCAAAGGGUCAGGGAGAGAACAUGUGGGGCUGGGGUUACUCUGCUGGAUCACCCUGCUGGAGAAUGUGACAAGUGUGAAAACAAAAGACAAGCGGCGAGAAACAUGCACCAAGCAGUGGCCAAGCAGGAUUUCAUCGAGGUUUUCCAUGACUUUUGCACGCGUCCAGAGAUCUACUUCCUGUUGGUGCAGUUUUCUAGCAACAAGGAGUUCCUGGACACCAAAGACUUGAUGAGGUUCCUGGAAGCUGAGCAAGGCAUGCUUCAGGUGAGCGAGGAGACCAGCCUGAGGCUCAUCCAAUCCCAUGAGCCAUCGGAGGAGGGCCGUCAGCAUGGAUGCCUGUCAUUGGACGGCUUCACCAGCUACCUCACCUCUGCAGAGUGCCACCUCUUUGACCGGGACCACAGCACCGUGUGCCAGGACAUGCGGCAGCCUUUGUCGCACUACUACAUCAACUCCUCCCACAACACCUACCUCAUCGAGGACCAGUUCAGGGGGCCCUCCGACAUCUCGGGCUACAUCCGUGCACUGAAGAUGGGUUGUCGAUGUGUAGAGGUGGAUGUCUGGGACGGUCCUGAUGAUGAGCCAGUGGUCUGUACCGGACACACUCUCACCUCCCCCCUGUCCCUGCGUUGCGUGUUGGAAGCGAUCGGGAGGUUUGCAUUUGUGGCAUCGGAAUAUCCAUUAAUUCUGUGCAUAGAGAACCACUGUUCACUUCAACAACAGGAAGUUUUGCUUCAGCAUCUCCUGCGAAUACUGGGGGACAGGCUGUACACGGCCACCCCCGAUGAGGCAGAAUCAUACCUGCCAUCGCCACAUGCCCUUAGAGGUCAGAUCCUGCUGAAGGGGAAGAAGUUGCCACUUGAUUGGGAGGGAGAGCAGGGGGAGGUGAGCGAGGAGGAUGAAGGGGCAGAGAUGUGCCAGAGAAUGAAAGCAGCUAAUAGCAGUGCGGGCUCAGGACCUGGAGGAGGGGUUGGAACAAGUGAGAAAGAGAUGGGCUCUCACAAAAGCGUCUCCACCCCAGCAGUCACUCAGCAGUGUAAUCCUCCUCCUCCUCCUCCCAAGCGGUUUCAGCUUCUGAAGGAGCUGUCUGACCUAGUAACUCUUUGCCACUCAAUACGCUUUAUUGACUUCCCAACAUCAUCCAAGAACCAAAAACCCUGGGAACUGUGUUCCAUCAACGAGUCCCUGGCUGUGUGUCUCGCUGGCGAGAGUCCGGGCGACUUUGUCAACCACAACAAGCAUUUCCUGUCGCGGGUGUACCCCAGCCCCAUGCGCAUUGAUUCCAGCAACAUGAACCCUCAGGACCUGUGGAAGUGCGGUUGCCAGAUUGUGGCCAUGAAUUAUCAGACAGCCGGCCUGAUGAUGGACCUGAAUACGGCCUGGUUCCGUCAGAAUGGAAACUGUGGCUAUGUUCUGCGGCCAGCCAUCAUGCGCCAAGAGGUGUCAUAUUUCAGUGCCGACACCAGAGACACUGUGCCUGGUGUGUCUCCACAGCUGCUCCACAUUAAGGUAAUCAGUGGUCAGAACCUGCCCAGACCAAGGGGUUCAGGGGCCAAAGGAGACGUGGUGGACCCCUACGUCUACGUUGAGAUCCAUGGCAUCCCGGCCGAUUGCACCGAGCGCCGCACCCGGACGGUGACCCAGAACGGGGACAAUCCCAUCUUUGACGAGAGUUUUGAGUUCCAGAUCAACCUGCCAGAGCUGGCCAUGGUCCGCUUUGUGGUGCUGGAUGACGACUUCAUAGGGGAUGAGUUCAUAGGACAGUAUACCAUUCCUCUGGAGUGCCUUCAGCCAGGCUAUCGGUACGUCCCACUCCAGACUCUAACAGGGGAAGACCUUCCCUACAGCAGGCUGUUUGUCCAUGUGGCCCUGACCAACCGGAGAGGUGGGGGAAAGCCUCAUAAAAGGGGUCUGUCUGUGCGGAAGGCCAGGAAGGGGAGAAACUACACCGCUUUGAGGGACCUGGGCGUCCGAGCUGUGGAUGAGGUUUUCAAGAUGGCUGCCGCUCCGCUGAGAGAAGCCACCGACCUGCGGGAGAACAUGCAGAACUCAGUAGCGGUGUUCAGGGAGCUGUGCGGGCUGUCGGCGGUGGCUAACCUCAUGCAGUGUGUGUUGGCUCUGAGAACAAGAGCGCUGGGACCAGACGGGACGCCUUUACUGCUGUUUGAGCUCCGGGACCACUACCCCACCUUGGAGCCCCAGGGACCCCUGCCUGAUGUCCUGCGCCGUGUGGUCUCUACCUAUGAAAUGAUGGUCCAUGCAAGCAGAGCAGUGAUGGAGCUUUCCGAUGGAAUCUAUGACAGGAUUCUACACAUACAGACAACAGCUAUGGAGUUCCAUGAGAAGCUGCAGAGCCUGGCUGUGAAAGAGGGGCUGAAAGGUCGCAAGGUGAGCCGAGCGCUGGAGAGCUUCAGCUGGAACAUCACCAUCCUUAAGGGCCAGGCUGACCUGCUGAAGCACGCCAAGGCCGAAGUACAGGAGAACAUGAAGCAGGUGCACUACGCCGCUCUGACUGGUAACCUCAUCAAGGAGAGUCCAGGAGGAGGAAGAGCCCGACCCCAGUCACGACGUGGCCAGGAAGCCACCACCAGCCAGGACAGACCAACCACUGCUGGAGGAGGACAUGUGUUCAUGUAGGAGCAGGUGCCAACUUGAUUUUUGGCACAACCAGAUAUCCUCCCCCCCCCUGCAUUAUGUCUAAACAUCUGUGCUCAAGGGCAGGUUGUAGCUACGAGUGGUGAAUCACUGCUGCGGCGGCUAAGACACAAGCGGAUAUUCAUGGGAACGGAGAUGCAGCCAAAUUACCAGACAUGUGGCCGAGUUUCAGACUGCUACAACUUUUUCCACUUUCCCAAGGAAGAAGAAAAUGAAGUUGACGAGUGGAAAAGGAUUAAAAAUGUGGCCAGCUUCCCCCCAUCCAUCCACCUCCUGCAGAUGCGAUGCGUCUCCCACUCGUAGAAACCAUAGCACUGCUGAGGGAGAGACGGUGGAUAAUAAUUAUAAUAAAGAAAACUGGGGAAAUUAGUGCAGUUCAAUUUAAAACCCUCCACAAAAAAACAAAAAAAAAACAAAAGACAUAGUUUAUUGCACUCUAUUAAAAUGUAAAUACAGCAGAUAUUUAUUUCCACUCGAUAACGUGCAAUGCUCAUUCUUACUUGUGAGUAGACAUUGGUGUUUUUCCAGCACUGUCUGGGAUGAAUCAAACUUCAGCCAAAAAAAAAAAAUGUUCAAAAUCAUGUCAACUGUUUGCUUCAGCACUCAAAUGCAAGGGGCUAGUACUUAUAGGGCUACUAAAUGCUAAAUACUAAAUACUUCAACUCAUCUGGCAAGGUUAAUCAUGUAUUUGAAGCACAAUCAGAUGUGGGUAGUUUGUGACUGUGGGAUUCUCUCUAAGAUCUGAAUGGGACAGACUUUGCAGAAGAAUGGUUGUGAUGUAUGGGACUGGAAUCCUAAAUAUUUCCAGCCAAGCGAACAGAAGAAUGUAUGCAGUCGGGGAUACUUUCAAAAGGACAAUUUCUCCUUUUGUUAUUUUUAGCAGAAUUUAUUGGGAAAUUUUUUUUGCCAUUAUCGCACUCAACCAGACACCACUGCAGAACAAGGAGCAGCUGCAUGAAUACGAUUUGGCUAGGUUUGUAUUUUCAUCCUCUAAUAGAUUUGGGUCCACUGUGCUGUCCCUGUGUUGUUAGUGGGUGUUUGGGGUCUUUUAACAUCAGAGCCUUGGGCCCAGGGGGGUCAGCUCAGGUCGAUCAGUCACUGUUUUUGGUCCCUGGAUCUCCCUUUUUGAUCCGCACCAUGUUGCAACCCUCUCGGCGGCCCCUCAUGUUUUCUGAAAGCUCUCCUCUAGUGAACUCGCCGACACCUAGGGGACUGCGGGUCCUUCAGAGACCGGCCCGUGAACCCAUUUGCAUGUUCACUGCGUACACCACCCCUGCCUUUCCCGCGGCUCUCUUCCCAAAAGUCCUCAGUCUGACACAUUCUAUAUUUUUAUAUCUUCCUGAAGCCCUAGCACUAAUUAAACCAGUGUUACUCACCAUGACGAUCAAAUCCGGAAUUGUAAAUGUAUGCCUCUAGGGAACAAAUAUGUUGACAGAUGCUUACGUUGUGUGUGUGCAGAACACUGUACAGUAUUUUAAUAUGUAAUUCUAUCCUUUUGCUGUAGAGAAAUAUUUUACAUAACUUAUUUAUCCU